AGGAAGGAUCAAGAAAGAAACUUUACCCCCAUCCCAUGUCUGCAAAUUCAGCAAGAAGGAACUGUUUAUUCUCUAUCUCCCGCGCUUGAUUUCAGCAAUGGCUGGAUCCUACAGAUUGCUCCUCAAAGACCAUGUUCCGCUUCUAUCCAGGAACGGUCGAAAUAUCCUCACUCGACUGCUCAUGAAUCCUAGCCCUAAUCUUUCUCUUACGCGUUCGUCGCUCACCCCUAGUGCCACCGUCUUUGGAAGACCCUGUUCAAAUGUUGCUAAUGCAAAACCAUUGGAUUUUCCAAUAUCCCAGAAUCCUCCACACCAAAGUCACAAAGUAAGUGACAAUUUGACUUCCACUCCAGUGUCAUCUUUAAAGGUUACAGAGCUCGCCAAGUUUUCUGCCAUUGCUGAGACGUGGUGGGAUGCAGAAGGGCCUUUUAAGCCAUUGCAUGUGAUGAAUCCUACACGGCUAGCUUUCAUCCGUUCCACUCUAUGCAGACAUUUCAGCAAGGAUCCAAAUUCUCCCAAGCCUUUGGAAGGAUUGAAGAUAGUGGAUGUUGGUUGUGGAGGAGGAAUCUUAUCAGAGCCUUUGGCUAGGAUGGGAGCAACUGUAACAGCCAUUGAUGCCGUGGAGAAGAACAUCAUUAUUGCACGCCUUCAUGCGGAUUUGGACCCGGUAACUUCUGCAAUUGAAUAUCAAUGCACAACUGCAGAGAAACUGGUUGAGGAACAGAGGAAGUUCGAUGUUGUGGUUUCUUUAGAGGUAAUUGAGCAUGUUUCAGAUCCUGCACAAUUCUGUCAAUCACUGGCAUCAUUAACUGUUCCUGGAGGAGCAACCUUAAUCUCAACUAUAAAUCGUUCAAUGAGAGCCUAUGCAACCGCAAUUGUUGCUGCUGAAUAUGUCCUUCAAUGGCUUCCUAAAGGUACACAUCAAUGGUCAAGUUUUCUUACUCCUGAAGAACUCGUCCUUAUCCUUCAACGUUCUUCUAUAUCUAUUCAAGAGAUGGCUGGGUUUUUGUACAACCCCCUGACUGGUCGAUGGUAUCUUUCUGACGAUAUCGGUGUCAAUUUCAUUGCUUAUGGAACAAAAAAUCAUGAAGAAAUAGUGGAGUCAACAAUAUAGAUGAAUCCAAUGAAGAGCUGUAUCAAAGAAGAAAUUAGAAAGUUAGUUAAAGAGCUGAAUGAUUCAAGUUGUUCUUCUGACUGUCUGUAUUUGUUAUACUGUUAAUUAAUAUUAAUUCUUAGUUUUUGAUUUCUUAAAAUAAGUUCUCA